AUGCUGUUUCUCAGUGCUCUGAGGCGGGCAUGCGUUGUUCCUUCCGUUCAGCGCAGAUGGCUCUCUGCUCCCGCCGAUCGACUGCUGCUCAUCAAAGAAUUGAGAGGCCAGACGGGCGCACCCGUGAACGACGUGAAGGCGGCCCUCCAGACCUCAAACUGGGAUCUUGAUGCCGCCAUGAGUGAGUUGCGCAGAAAAGGGCUGGCGGCGGCCACCAAGAAGGCGGCUCGCCACGCAGCAGAGGGGCUGGUGGGGAUGGCGCGGGGUGAUGGCGUGGUGGCGGUAGUCGAGAUCAACAGCGAAACCGACUUUGUGGCGCGUAACAGCCAGUUCCGCGCUCUGGUGGGCUCCGCGGCGGCAGCCGCGCUGGCCGUCAGCGCGCCGCGCCCCGGCUGCGCCGCUGAGCUCGACGGGGAGGUGCUGCGUGCGGCGCGCAUGCCCGGCGGCGGCACGCUGGAGGAGGCGGUGGCAUCCGUGGCGGCGUCGGUACGUGAGAACGUGCGGCUGCGGCGCGGCUUCCGCCUCGCCGCGCCCGGCGCCCUGGUGGGCGCGUACCUGCACCAGAAGGCGGGGGAUGAGGCGGGGCGCAUCGCGGGGCUGGUGGCGCUGGCCAGCUCCCAGCCGCUGGCGGGCGCCGGCGCAGAGCAGGCGCAGGAGCUGGCGCACAAGCUGGCGAUGCAGGUGGUGGCGGCGGCCCCCCGGUUCCUGGACCGCUCCGCCGUGCCGGCAGAGGCGCUAGAGGCGGAGAGCCGGGUGCUGCGAGAGCAGGCGCUCAGUUCGGGCAAGCCCGAAAAGAUUGUCGACAAGAUUGUGGCGGGGCGGCUGGACAAGUAUUAUGGCGAGGUGUGCCUGGCGGAGCAGGCGUUCAUCAUGGAUGGGGACCUCAAGGUGCAAGACGUGCUCAAGCGGACGGGCAAGCAGGUGGGCAGCGAGCUGAGGCUGACGGGCUUCCUGCGGGUGCAAGUGGGCGAGGGGCUGGAGCAGGAGCAGAAGGACUUUGCCGCAGAGGUGGCGGAGACGUUAAAGGCGGCAGCCUGACUGCCCUGAUAGGGGCAGUGUGACGAGCGCACCGCAUUCACCUGUUCACGUUUGAUUCAUCUCCAUUCAAUCUAUCUGUCUUGCCGGCGGCAUCAUGUCCCCGUCUUGUCUGUUUACAGCACAGGGUGGGCAUCCAAUAACAGUGCUGUAACCAGCUGCCAUUC